CAAGUCCUAUUCAUGGUGAUCAACUUUGAUUGGUUCUGCUUGAUAUGGUAUGGUAGUCACUAUAUGCUAAGUGGUGGUAGUUUUGGCAUCAGAGUCUGCCAUAUUCUCUCUUUGGAUGCUCAAUGCUGCUGCAAGAGUUCAGAACCAUUAAAAUUUCU